AGCUCCUGCGGGCUGCCCUGCGGCAGCCCCGGCCCUGCCCCCAGGCCAUUCUCUCCGUCCUGCGGCAGGGAAACCUCCCCACCCCCCAGCGUCACUCCAGCAGUGGGUCCCCAGCUCUGGGCGAGCCCCCGCCUUAUCUGCACGUGCCCACAUCUCUCCGAUCGAUGGGGGUGGUAGGCAGAUGGCAUCUCUACCACUGAGGGCUCAACUGAACCAGCUCCUCCUCUGCAAAGCUUUUCCAAUCCCCUCUGCAAGAAGAGCCAUAGUGGGCUUCAUUUCCCCUGGUGUGUCCACUAGGCUGGCUGUGUGACCUUGGACCAGUUGCUCAACCUCUCUGAACCUUGGUUUCCUCCCUUGGGAGAUGGGUAUACUCCCACCUGCUUGUAAAAGGAGGGCAGAAUGACCUAGAGCUCAGCUUAGCACAGGAGCCUAAUGGGUAGUUCAGCCCAGGAGCACUAUUAAUAACCAGUACCUGUGUUACAGAAGGGCCUCUCUGGGUCACCCUCUGCAUACCCUUAGUUCCAACCCUGGAACUGAGACCUGUCUGUGGGUCUCCAGCCCCUCCCCUGGGCUGGGAGCACAGCACUGUGCUUGGGGAAUGUCUAAGAAACCAACAAACCAGGCUGUAAAGGCAGAGUCUGGAUUCGGGUUUGAGGUCUUGGAACCCCCCUGAAAUUAUUACAUGUAGAACCAUGACAACCAGGGCCUAGGAGGGGUCAGGCAAGGAAGGCUUCCUGGAGGAAGGGGGCCCAGGCUGAAAUGAGCCAGUGCUUUACUGCUCCUGGGUAUCUAUCUGCGCUGGCCUCUCUCUCCCUUGGUGUUCCCAUGGUCCCGUCUCCAAUGGCUUCCUGGGGCAUGAAGAAUAACCUCCAAGGGCCUUAUGGUGGCCUGCAAAACACCUUUCGAUCUAGCCCCUGCCUUCCUGAUUUGGGGGCAGUGGUUAGUGGGAUUGAGCCUGGGGGGGGGGGGCUGUACCACUGAGCUACCUUCCCAGCCCUUUUUAAACACUUUGAGACACGGUUUCACUGAGUUAUACAGGGCCUCGCUAGUUGCUGAGGCUGGCCUGGGAAUUCCUAUCCUCCUGCCUCAGCCUCCUGAGUUGCUGGGAUCAUCGGUGUGCACCCCGCGCCCAACUCUGACUUCAUCUUCUACUUUCUCCUUUGUGCUCCAGCCUCGCUAGUGUUCUUAGUUCUUGAACUCAUUAGCUCAUGCCUGUCUCCGGGCCUUUGCACUCUCUGGACCCUCUGCCAACUGCUUUUCCUUCCAACCUUCUUAGUAUUCAACAUUGAGCUUAGUUAUCACUCCAGAGAGGCCUUCCUGGCACCCCCUGUGUAAAGAGGCCCUCAUCCCUCUCUUUCUUAACCCUGUUUUAUUUCCUUUAUAGCUUAACUUGUUUAAAAUUAUUUAUUGUCUGUUUCUUCAUGAGGGCAAUCUUGUUCACUGCUUUAUCCCCAAGACCUGGCACACAGUAUGCGCUCAAUCUAUUUGUUGGAAUAGUUAAGAGAGGGGUUGGGGCUGUGGCUCAGUGGUAGUGCACUGGGUUCAAUACUCGGCACCACAUACAAAUAAAUAAAAAAAAAAGAUCUAUCAACAACUAAAAAAUAUUUUUAAAAAAGAAAUAAUUAAGAGGAACAGAGAGGGUUGGGGUGGGUCUCAAGGUGUUCUGUCCAUCGACAAGUAUAAAUUUUUUUUUUUAAAAAAAAGAGAAUGGGGAGAAAAAUCUUUCUGGACAAAGGGAAAAACAAUAGGGAUCUAAUGUUAACUAAGCCCCUAUUAUAGGCCUGGUCCUGUGUGUUUUCUCCUUUAAGUCUCAUGAGAACCCCCUUGAAGUUAGGUGCUCUUAUAAUCUUGCUUUAUAGAUGAGAAAACUGUGAAGCAAAGAAGUGAAGUCAAGGGCUGGGGUUGUGGUUCAGUGGUGGAGCACUCACCUAGCACACAUGUGAGGCCCUGGGUUCGAUCCUCAGCACCACAUAAAAUAAAUAAAAUAAAGGUAUUGUGUCCUUCUACAACUAAAAAGUAUUAAAAAAAAAAAAGUCAGGCAUGUCAGAGCACAUCUAUAAUCCCGGCAACUCAGGAGGCUAAGGCAGGAGAAUCACAAGUUGGAGGACAGCCCAGGCAAGUUAGGAAGACCCUGUCUCAAAAUAAAAUAAAAAGGGCUGAGGAUGUAGUUCAGUGCUAAAGCACUUGGCCAGCACAUGUGAGGCCCAGGGAUGGAUGCCCAGCAUGGCAAAAAAAAAAAAAAAAAAAAAGUCAAGUCAUUCUCACCCAGUAAAUGGCAAAGCAGGGAUUCCAACUUGGUCCCUCCUCAAAGACAGGUGCACAUUCUUCUUCCUGUCUACCAUUCUCUUAUUGAAGCUGGGCCUUCAAAAAUAGAAUUUCAAUUAGUAAAGAAAGAGAAGGCAGAGGGUAUUCCAAGCUGAAGGCACUCAGGAGCAAAGCCCUGGGAAUUAGGACAACAGGUGAGCAGACGGGGCUGGCUGUGGCCUUAGAAGGCCGGGAAAGGAGCUUGUGUUCCCUCCUAAGGGCAGUGUUUCAUUCCAACUCCCAAGCUUCAAUUCAGGGUAGCCACAGUUCCUCCCCUUCCACAGGAAGCCCCAAGGUCAAGCAGAACAGCCACCACCUAGAGAUGAGCCAUGGAAUUUGUUUGUUUGUUCUUGGUUUUUUGUACCAGGGAUUGAACCUAGGGGUGCUUAACCACUGAGCCACAUCUCCAGCCCUUUUUUGUAUUUUCUUUAGAGUCAGGGACUUGCUGAGUUGCUAAGUGCCUCGCUAAGUUGCUGAGGCUGGCUUUGAACUUGAGAUCCUUCUGCCUCAGCUUCCUGAAUCGCUGGAAUUACAGUUUUCAGCAGACACAACAUCUUUGUUUGUAUGUGGUGCUGAGGAUCGAACCCGGGCCGCACACAUGCCAGGCGAGCGCGCUACCGCUUGAGCCACAUCCCCAGCCCCAAGAGAGAUGCAGUUUUAAAAGCAGGGGAGAAGCUACUGCCUGUGUCUCUUCUUUCUUUCCCACCAGUCCCUUGGGGAAGCCAUAGGAACCCCCAACCUUCACGUCAUCCUCUCUCCUCUUUUUAGGCUCAUCCAGUGAGGAUUGGAAGUUGAGGUCUCUACACCGGACAUCAGAGUAGAUCAUGGCCCCACGGCCUCGUGCGCAUGGCCUCCUGCUGCUGUUACUGUUGCUGAACCUGGGGGCUGGCCCUGCUCUGGGAAGGGGCCUUCCCAGGCCACUUGAGGACUCAGAACCCCACCUGACCCCAGGAGCCCACCCCAAGGGCCCUGUUGGCUCAGUGUCCCAGGCCUCUGAUUUCCUCUGGGAGAACCCCAGUGAUGAGGGCCCUUGGCACUCUGAUGUCCCCCAGGUUCCUGCUGAAGGCCCUGAGAGGCCUGCAGACUCUCCCCUUGGCCCAGCUCUGCAUGGGCCCAAAGCAGCUCACGGGAUUCAGGGAGAGCGACUCCCAGUAACUGAUGACCUCCAGAUAGUUCGAGGGCCCAGCUCCCAGGGCUGGACAGGACCCCCUGAUUCACAGGAGCCUCCAGAGCCAGAAGCAGCAGUCCCCCACCCAGUGGGUCUCCCCCACCUCCCUUUCAUUCCAACUCCCAAGCUUCAACUCAGGGUAGCCACAGUUCCUCCCCUUCCACAGGAGCCCCAAGGUCAAGCAGAACAGCUACCACCUAGAGAUGAGGGUCCAAAGGCCAAAGCCAAGAUCAGGCUCCCACAGACUUCUCCCUCAGACCCCCAGGGCCCUCCCCACACUCUUGAGCCCCACGCAGGUGUUGUCAAGAGGCCAGUGCUAGAGGAAGAGGUGGGCCAUGAGGAGGAUUUCCAAGAGGCAGUUCAAGGCCCCCUCUUCACCCAACAAGAUCCAGCAGUCCCCAAUGCUGGCUCAGUAUCCCCGGUUGAGGUGGCACUCACUCGGGAAGCAGGGUCCCGGCCAGACUUGGCAUUGGCUAGAAGCCUUCCUCCUGCUGAGGAGCUACCAGUAGAGCCUCCCAAGAAGACUGGAGCUGGGGAAACCUGGGAAGUCAGCUCCCCAGGUCCCCAGCCCAUGCAGACGGACCUCCCUGAUGUUAAGGAUCCCCCAGGACCUCAGCCCACACAUCCUCCAGCCUCAGAGGCUCCUGAUGGGCAACCAAAGCCAGAGAUAGCAGCAAUGAAUGGAGCAGACCCCAUCUCCCCACAGCGGGUGAGAGGAGCAAUGGAGGUUCCAGGAACCCCCAAGUCCCUCAUCCCUGGUCUCUUAGACCCUGGCCCAGCUACAAACCAAACAGAGAGCCCUAUGGGAGCCCUGCAGCCAGAUGAAUCGGAGGAGUGGCCUGGACGUCCCCAAAGCCAUCCCCCGGCACCCCCAGUCCAGGCCCCAUCAACCUCACGAAGGGGCCUCAUUCGUGUCACUACGCAGCGAGCCCUGGGCCAGCCGCCCCCUCCGGAGCCCUCAGCCAGCUCCACAGCUUCAGCGCCCGCUGCCGGCCCCCCAGCCAACGCCACCGCACCCCCCCUGCGCUGGGGGCCCUUGCGACGGGUGUUGAGUUUUUCCUGGGAGCUGCACGUUUAUGGGGUGGGAGUCCUCUUCCUGCUGCCUGCCUUACUGGCACUGGCCACGCUGGCAGCCGCCCUGGCGGGACCCCGACUGGCACUGGUAGCCGCGGUGCUGGUGCUGGUAGCUUCAGGGCUGCGGUCUGCCUACAUGCUCACCGACCCUUAUGGCGCCCAGGCGCGGCUGGGGAUGCGCGCUGGCCUGGUGCUCUACAACCUGCCGUUCCCCUUGCUACUCACGGCCCUGGCGGCCCUGACCCUACUCGGCCUGGGCGUGGGGCUGCCACAGCCGCUACAGAACCCGCUCCUGCUGGGGGUUGUGGCGUUGGUGCACGGCGUGGGGUUGCUCAUGACAGACCUGUUCUCCGUGAGGCCUGUGCUCAACCUCCUGGCGCAGGGUUUAUCUUGCGCCUGGGGCGCGUCGGUGGCUCUAGGCACGCUAUGCCUGUGCCGUCGCCGCCUGCUGGAAGGCCCUCGGGGCUGGGAUGCCAGCCCCGGUCCUCGGUUGCUGGCCGUGGCGGGCUCACUGGGGCUGCUGGCCAGCGGCUUGCAGUUGGCGGCCGCGCUCUGGCUGUACCCAGGCCCAGGCCGGGUGGGCCGCUUUUCGUGGGCCUGGUGGGGCGUCCACUUCUGGCUGCGCCUGCUGGAGCUGACGUGGGCGCUCGCCCUGGCUCUGGCCGCUUUGGUCGCUGCACGACCCAGGCCGCCCACGGAGCACGCUUGCUGGGCUAAGCUGCUGCGCCUGGCGUGCCCUGCACCGUCUGGAAAGAGCGAGGUGCCUGAGCGACCCAAUAACUGCUAUGCGGGACCCAGUGGCAUGGGCACAGGCGGCUUGGACAUCAGCAAGAGCCUCAUCCGCAACCCGGCAGAAGGCGGGCCGCCUGUCACGCCAAAUUCAGGAGCCUGGGGCUCAGCUGCGUCCCUGGGUCGCGGUCCCCUGAAUGGCCCGGGAAUAUCCCGCAGCAGCAUGGGGCCGGCGCCGUCGCUAAGCGAGCUAGACCUGCGGCCGCCAUCACCCAUCAACCUGAGCCAGAGCAUCGACGCCGCUCUCUUCCGGGAACAUCUAGUGAGAGACAGCGUGUUUCAGCGCUGCGGCCUGCGUGGCCUGGCCUCCCCACCGCCGGGGGGCGCUCUACGGCCGCGCAGGGGCAGCCACCCGGACGCCGAGCUCGACGGCGCGGGUUCUUCGCUCCUCCGCGGCCGCUGCCGGUCACUCAGCGAUGUGCGCGUGCGCGGGCCGGUCCCGCCGCACGUAGUGGACGCGCCAGACGGGACGGCAGCUGCCUCUGGCAGCUCCCUAGACAGCUUCUCCAGAGGUUCGCUCAAGAUCAGUUGGAAUCCAUGGCGUCAUGGGCUGUCGUCGGUGGAUAGUCUACCCCUAGAUGAACUUCCCAGCACGGUACAGCUACUGCCCGCUGCAACACCAGCCCCUGCAUCCUCUCCUGCGCGGCCUGGGGAGCCCCAGGGUGAGGUGAAGCCGCGCUGCAAGGCUGGGGACUCCCGCAGCGCCUCCAGCGAUACCAUAGAGCUCUGAGCUGUCCCGCUGCAGGACCUGGACCCUGCGCUAUGGCAUACCAGGACAGUCGACCAUUUGAAAAACUGGCUUUCCUGGGCCUCCACCUGACAGCACACCGGACCCCACCCGACAGCCAGGCGUGAACUCGCCCCCCCCCCACUUUUUUUUUUAAAUAUCUCUAUUUUUUUCAGCAGGUAUUUUACACAGAGGCCGUGACUUACAGGGAAUACAGGGUGGAAGUGCAUGGAUUUGAGCGUCGGGAACAGGGAACAGGUUCCCCACAGUGAGGAGAGAUGAGCCUUGCUUGUCCAGAUUGACUGUCCUCUUUGUGCCAAAGAAAUAAAAUCUUAAGAUUUGG